AAAGAAAACAAAACAAAACAAAAAACUGAAUGACAUCUUGCCUGGUUUGUCUCAUUUAUUCAUUCAAUUCAAAAUUCAACUGUUCCGUAUAUAUUAAUUUGUUUUGUUUGGCUGUUGACAUCUCAUCUCAUCUCAGAGAGAGGGGCGGUGAUAUGAUAUGUUUGCGUCUAAAUUCCCAAAAGUAGACGACCACCGUAGUGAAUCAACCACCUGAUCCCUCCACCCCACCUCAAAAGUAAAGUUAGACACAACAACGUUGGUUAAAGUUAAACCAUUCGCAGCUCCUUUUUGUUCAUUUCAAAAUGUCAUCAUGGCUCGCUCGUUCCCUUGCAAAUUCUCUUCGACUCGAUGACGUCGACAACAUUGAAAACGACAUCGUAACCGAUUCCUCAACCACCACCUCACCCACAAAUCAACAUCAACAACACCAACACAAUAAUAAUGCUCUUAGAUCACAAUUAGAACAAUAUAAUGAUGAAGACGAUGAAACGCAAGGUCGUGGUGGUGGUAGUGUUAAAGAAGACCUCGACGAAAUCAAACAAACCCUAACCCGCCAAUUUUGGGGUAUGGCUUCAUUUCUCGCUCCUCCUCCUCCUCCAACUAUUUCGAAUCAACAAGUUGAUGAUGCUGUAAUUUCGAAUCAAUCUUCGGAUGUGGAAAAUGGUAUUGUCCGUAGGGAUGAUCCUGACCCGAAUUUGAAUACAUUUGGAUCCGAUUCGGAAGGGGAAAGAGAACAGGAGCUUGAUAUUCAAUGCGCGGUUGGAAUUACGGACGAGGUCCUCACUUUUGCAAUGAAUAUCGCAAUGCAUCCUGAGACUUGGUUGGAUUUUCCUAUUGAUGAGGAAGAUGAUACACAUGAUUUUUACAUGUCCGACGUCCAACGAGAUCAUGCUGUGGUUGUUGAAAGACUUGCUCCGAGAUUAGCUGCGCUCAGAAUUGAACUUUGCCCUUGCCAUAUGAGUGAAAGUUACUUCUGGAAGGUCUAUUUUGUACUUUUGCAUUCAAGGCUUAAUAAACAAGAUUCAGAGAUUUUGUCUACACCCCAGGUCAUGGCAGCCAGAGCUAUGUGGAUGCAGGAAUUGCAGAAACAAACUAAGCCUGAAUUUGAACUUUACGGAAGAAGUUAUCUCUACUCAAGAGACAAUGCUCAGCAUCAUGAUUCUACUCCCAGCUUAUUAGAUGACACCUAUUCUGAUGACAUGCCUCAUCAAACAUAUGGAUAUAGAACAACCUCUUCCUCUGUGGUGGCAGAUAAUGAGUCUGAGAAGUACACAGUCGAAAGUUUUGGAUCACAUUUCUAUGAUAAGUCAGUUACUGAGCAAAAUCCAAUCAUUAAAACUGAAAAAAAGGAUCUAAAAAGUGGUCGACCAUCUCAAAUUAUUAUUCAGGACCAUGAUGACGACGGAGAUGAUGAUUGGCCAGAAGAUGAUUCUGGAUAUGGAGGAAUAACACUCCCUAUUGUUAAUGAAGAAGACAUAUCUUUCAGCGAUCUUGAGGAUGAUGAUUAUGGCAUUAAGCAUGUUAAUACCAAUUCAAGUUCAAAGGUGGUAUAAACUUCAAUCCAGAUGACACAGCUGUGGUGAUUUUAGGGGCACCGGAACCUCACUCGAAACAUGGAAUCAUAAAGAUGAUUGCCGCAUGUUCGGAAAAACAUGGAUACUGGUGUGUGAACUCUAGCUUUUUUUGUUCAUAAUGGUGAGCGAAGUUGCAAAAUUGUUGUGAUGCUAUUUGAGGUUGUUAAGCGAAUAUGUAAAUCCUUUUCUCCCAACAUUUUUUUGCCACAUGGCUAGGUGGCUUGGUAGUUGGGUCUUUCAUAUGAUGAAAACAACUCAAAUGAAAAGGAAAAGGAGCAAAGAAAAGGGAUAUGAUGUUGUGGGUUGAAUUCAAUACGAGCAUCAAUCCCAGGGACAACUUGUUCGAAGAUACAUCAUAUAGGUGCUAGAAUGUAUAUAAAAUGCCUUGUUUGUCAUCAAAUAUAGAUUUUUAAUUUCUCUUUGAUUUAAUAGGGUUCGGAGUUUGCUCCCCCGGUGUUGUUCUCCUGAAUCCUAAUUGCCUUGGUGUGUCAACUGUGUUUGAAAACCAUAGUGAUUAUUUCAAUAACUUGAUUGAUGAUCAACUGGAAUGUGUUUUUCAUCUUAGGAUAUACCCCUUCAGAAUUCUUGGCAUAAAGUUUUUAGGUUAAACUAAGGAGAACCUGAAGGAUUUUUUUUCUUUUUCUGAAAUGAUAAAUGUUCGUGUUUGCUGUAUUUUGUUGGAGUAGGGAUUCAACAUUCUCUACAUCAAACUGAACUUAUAUCUCCUAGAAACCGAAGGUUAAUUACACUUUGGCCGUUUGUAAAAAUGGAUUUUCAACUAUCUUAUUACUUGCA